GGCUCAGGUGGAGGCAGUGAUACUGAGAGAUUGUGAAGAAUAUACCGACAGCAUCCUGGUAACUGCAUCACAGUAGAUCGGACUUCUGAAUCAAGCAGCCCAGCCUAGCAGCUGAUAAGAGUGAAUGUAGGUGAGAAGCAUUGCCUUAUUCCUGUAAGAAGAGAACUAUUUUGUGAUAAGUGAAACUAGGAAUGUACAAGGAGGAAUAUCCUGUGACUAUUAUAAAAGAAGAAAGACUUCCCUGAUGACUUGGUGGUGCACGAGAAAACAACUUUCAGAAGAAUGCUUUCUGUUAAGCUGCUGCUUUGUUCCUGAAGGAAAUGUUUUUAUUUCUAAUGCAUGUUAUUUCUUCAAGAGGUAUGACAACAAAGACUGACAAGAAACUCUCUGAAAUACAUGUACUUUAAAAAAGAUUUUUGACAAAUGUUCACCUGAUGUCAGAAUGACCUUGGAAGCCGUUUGGAUGGAUUCUAUCAUGCAAGCCUUUCAGUAUUUCAAACUCUAGGAUUUAAACUCACCUUGAUGCUUUAGAGGUAUUUUAAAAUAAGACCAUCUUAUAACCUACCUAAUGGCCCCUGUAUUAAUUGAGCACUUGCUCAAAAUAGAAUACAGAAAUAGAAGAGGCAUUUUCUUAACAUAUGGCUGCUAUAAAACUGCAAAUAUAACAAACAAGCUUACCUCCCUUUCUCCCCCCCGCCCCAAAGUUGAGAUGUGUCACUGCUGCACUGAGCUGAUGAAGAGGCUUGAGUACUCUCUGGGAGGCUCAGCUGUGACAGAAGCACCGCCACUGUCUUCCGAAGCUGAUCCCAAGACACUAAUGUGCAGAGUGUAACACAUGCUGGACAGGGCACCUGCUUGCUGGAACCAAGGCUACCCGUUCCCUUAAUUCCAAGCCAUGAAUGAAUCCAGGUGGACUGAAUGGAGCAUCCUGAACAUGAGCAGUGGCAUUGUGAAUGUGUCUGAACGUCACUCCUGCCCACUUGGAUUUGGCUACUACAGUGCAGUGGAUGUGUGCAUCUUUGAGACCGUUGUUAUUGUCUUGCUGACAUUUCUAAUCAUUGCCGGGAAUUUAACGGUCAUCUUUGUCUUUCACUGUGCUCCACUCCUGCACCAUUAUACUACCAGCUACUUUAUUCAGACAAUGGCAUAUGCUGAUCUUUUCGUUGGAGUUAGCUGCUUGGUUCCUACUCUCUCACUUCUUCACUACUCCACAGGUAUCCAUGAGUCAUUGACUUGCCAGGUUUUUGGAUAUAUCAUCUCCGUUCUAAAAAGUGUUUCUAUGGCAUGUCUUGCUUGCAUAAGUGUGGAUCGCUAUCUUGCAAUAACCAAGCCUCUUUCCUACAAUCAACUGGUCACCCCUUGUCGCCUGAGAAUUUGCAUUAUUUUAAUCUGGAUCUACUCUUGCCUAAUUUUCUUGCCUUCCUUUUUUGGCUGGGGGAAACCAGGGUACCACGGUGACAUUUUUGAAUGGUGUGCCACCUCCUGGCUCACCAGUGCCUAUUUUACUGGCUUUAUUGUUUGUUUACUUUAUGCUCCUGCUGCCUUUGUUGUCUGCUUCACUUACUUCCACAUCUUCAAAAUUUGCCGGCAGCACACCAAAGAGAUAAAUGACCGGAGGGCCCGAUUUCCUAGCCACGAGGUAGAUGCCCCCGGGGAGACUGGACACAGCCCUGACCGUCGCUACGCCAUGGUUUUGUUUCGGAUAACCAGUGUGUUUUACAUGCUGUGGCUCCCUUACAUAAUUUACUUUCUUCUAGAAAGCUCCCGGGUCUUGGACAAUCCAGCACUGUCCUUCCUAACAACCUGGCUUGCUAUAAGUAAUAGUUUUUGUAACUGUGUAAUCUAUAGCCUUUCCAACAGUGUUUUCCGGCUAGGCCUCCGAAGACUGUCCGAGACAAUGUGCACGUCUUGUAUGUGUGUGAAGGAUCAGGAUGCACGAGACCCCAAACCUCGGAAACGGGCUAAUUCCUGCUCCAUUUGAAGAGAACUAUACAGAAUUCAAAUGUAAUCUGUAGGAGUUUUGGAUUGUAUUCUUGGUUCAUCUGGAAAUUUGCCACUAGAGAAAUAUUUACUUGAAUAGUUGACUUUGAGAUGAAGGGACUAGAGGUUUCUUUCUUUUUUUUUUUUUCCCCUCUUUUUCCAUGGUGGUGGUGGGGAGCUAGAGAAAAGAAUGUACAGAGGGUAAUCUCAUGAGAGAAUUAUAGUGUGUGAAUAUAAAUGUACAGUAAUAGCAAAAUUAAGAAGGAGGACAAAAAAAGUAUUGAAAAAAGUAUCUCAGAUCUUCCACAGGACAUGAGCAAAGCUCCUCGGCAUCCCUGUCUUCUCUGACUGAGCUCUCUCCUCUGUCUUUUCCUCUCAUUCUGUCCGUCUCUGUCUCUCUCACUCUCUUUGUGUUUGUGGAAAUCACUUACAUAAAUUGCCCUUUAUAGGAAAAUGCUACAUAUUAUAUAUGUGGCAAAGUACAAUUUUUUGCAUUGUACUUUGUGGUUUCUCCAUGAAGGAUGCGUAGUAAGUAUUGUAUUUUAUUACCUACCACAUAACCCUUUUGCUUGUGUUUUUAUAAUAUCCACAGCAUAAAAUUUCUGCUAUAAACAAAAAGAAACAGUAUUUUUGUUUCUUCUGGGUAAAAUUAUGCUUAACCCUCCACCCCCUUUCUAACAGCCUGCUAUUUUUUUCUCUGUCCAUUUUUCUUGAUCUGCAUCCUUCAGUACCUUAAUCCAAAAGUGUCUUAGCUAAAGAAAGAAUCUACUAUAUAAAGCAAUCAUAAUGUUAAAUAAUCUAUUCCUUCCAAUAAAGCAAUCUAUAGCUUGUUUGAGAUAUUGUGUUAAAUAUUUUUAAUAGCUUUUGUAAACAUUUUUAUCUGGUUCCUUUUCAUUUAGUUCAUGUGCCCAAAGUGGUAUCUUUUUUUGCUAUAAUAAAGCUUUGUUUUUCUUUAAGAAAAUCCACAAAUAAUUCUCAUGCAGACGCAGAGUAUUCACCCAGAAGUGAGGUAUUGAUUGCCCUUUCAGACCAUACUCCGUGUGACCCCCAUUUUUUUCCCUCUUAAGAGUAAAUAUUAACCUUUUUGUGUUAGGUCUACAAAGCUUAGUGUUGCGUCCACCAAUCGUUUGUGUGAUAUGAAUUUGCAUAUAGUAUAUUUUUUACAACAAAGAACAUGUAAAUUAUAUUAUGUGAUCUGUGCCUGAUAUUUUCUUAGCACAAUAUAUAGAUCAAUGUUGCUUAAGUCAUCAACAUUGGAAAAAAUAUACAAAAACUUCUUUGAAGAGAAAAAUACUUUUGUGUAGUUGUUAUUUAGAUAUUUAUAUUAGACCAAGCUGCAUUCUUACUACUGCUGAGAAUACAAUAUACUUAAUUAUCAAAUACAGGUAAGAGCUGUCAGUAUUUUCUUUUGUAAUGAUCUGUUUUCAUACACAAAGAUUAAAUUAACUUAUUUUUUAGUGUGCUACAUGGAAUUGUAUAAUAAAUUGUCAGGGGUUUAGAUGUAGCAAAAUGGCAUUUGGGGAAUAGUAGUGAAGCAGGUGUGAGUGGUAAAACAUCUAAAUCUUACUUUUUUUACUAUAAGUUUCCUGCCUGACAGAUAUUUUAAAGUUUAUAUCAAACUACUGAGUAUAUUUCUUCUCAGCAUUUUGAUUUCUUUGUUUUAUGAAAUGCAUUUAAUGAAAUGUGCCUAUGACUUCAAAUUGGAAGCCAACUGUGUUUGCACACCAGUGGUUUGACUUCAGAGGUCCUUUAAUAGAAAAUGUCAUCAUUUUAUUGAGGUUGUUCUGAACCCAUGUAUAUUUUUAAACAUGUAAGAAAGGUUUAAAAUAAAGAAUAAAAUAGUAUUCUAUAUAUCAAAA